ACCUUCUUAACUAAAUAACUGGUCUACUAGUAGUUAGUUAGUACCUGUAUUGUGUACUGUAUUGGUGGUGGGGAAUGAAUGACAGAGGAGCAAGCUUCUUGUUUGAAGAAGACAUACUGUAUCACGCGAUAUGCGCGUGCGUGUGUCUCUGUUUUACAAACUAAACUCAAAAUAAUUACUCAAUGUAUGUCCGUCGGUUUGGUUGGUAGAAUGAGAUUUUGAUGUAUUAUUAUUUUACACACAAAACCGACGGCGCUGGCUGGAGAAUCAAAUCCGAAUCUAACUAACUAACAAACUUCAAGACACCACACCACAUCCAUCCACUUCGCUGCUUUGUGUUGGUGUUUCCUCAAUUUUGUCGAUCACAUCACAUAUUUCAAACAUAGAAAAGUAAUAAUAAUGAGUCCAAAAAGCAUAGCCUCUUGGAAAGCUCAACAAACUCUCAUCAAUCUUAUCAACAACCAUUGUUCCACUGUGAACCAUUUGAAACAGAUACAUGCUCGUAUUAUCCUAACUGGGUUUCACCACAAUCUUAUCCUCGCUGGAAAACUCAUUAUGUUCUCUGCUCUUUCCAAUAUCAAUUACGCUCUUUCCAUAUUCAACACUAUUCAUAAACCAGAUACUUUUCUUUGGAAUACCAUCAUUAGAGCUUUUGGUAAUUCUACCCAACCCACAAAUGCUAUUCAUUUCUACAAAACAAUGCACCGCCAGCCGAAUGUCAUACCCGAUACUUUCACUUUUUCUUUCCUUCUUAAAAUUAUUGCUAGAUUACCAGGAUUUCUUACUUUCGGGAACCAACUGCAUUGUACCAUCAUUAAGUUUGGUCUUCAAACUCAUACUUAUGUUAGGAAUUCUCUCAUCCAUAUGUAUGGUAUGUUCAAGGAUAUACAAGUUGCACACUACUUGUUUGAGGAAAUGCCCAAACCCGAUUUAGUUGCAUGGAAUUCUAUCAUCGACUGUCAUGUGCAUUGCGCAAAUUACAAUCAAGCCCUUCAAUUGUUCGCCAGAAUGCUGCAGCACAGUGGUACGGAAUUGCAACCCGAUGAUGCCACUUUCGUAGUCACCCUCUCAGCUUGUGGUGCAAUAGGAGCACUUGAUUUUGGGAGGAAGGUUCAUUGCUUCAUUCGAGAUAGUACUGAUAAUCUUGGUGAGUGUAUAUCAGUCUCCAAUGCCCUUGUUGACAUGUAUGCUAAGUGUGGUGCAGUGGAAGACGCUUAUGACACAUUUAACAACAUGAAAAGGAAGAACAUAGUUUCCUGGAAUGUCAUGAUUCUUGGGCUUGCUUCUCAUGGUAACGGAAAAGAGGCUUUAACACUUUUCACAAGAAUGCUACAACAGAAUGUUGAGAGACCGAACGACAUUACUUUCUUGGGAGUGUUGUGUGCUUGUAGUCACGGAGGAUUGGUUGAUGAAGGAAGACGAUAUUUUGAUAUUAUGAAUAGAGACUAUAACAUCCAACCUACAAUAAAGCAUUAUGGGUGCAUGGUGGACCUUUUGGGUCGUGCUGGUUUAGUUGUGGAAGCAUACAAAUUGAUCAAGAGCAUGCCAAUAGAGUGCAAUGCUAUCAUAUGGAGGACACUGUUAGCUGCGUGUCAUGUUUAUGGAAAUGUUGAACUUGGUGAGAAGGUAAGAAAACAACUAUUGGAAUUGGAACCAGACCAUAGCAGUGAUUAUGUUCUUCUUGCUAACAUGUAUGCAAGCACGGGUCAAUGGAAUGAAAUGAGCAAUGAGAGAAGAUCAAUGCAAGAAAGGAGAGUUUGGAAACCAGAGCCCGGUAAUAGCUUCAUCGGCAUUCCUGGAAUGAGGUUGGAGAGAGAGACUGUUUAAAGAUUGUUGUAAUGCUGCCGAGAAGCUUUCCUUUAUGCUUAAACAACUGUCAACAAUGUGGUUUGAAGGUUUCAACUGACUUAGUAAUUAAUUGGUCUUGUAAUUAGUCAGGUUCCAGCUACAGUUUUUGAAAUAUUGUAAUUUAUACUUGGUAAGCUUUUGUGGAAUCUGGAUACCUAUUUUGGAAAAUGGUACUAUAGUUUUUAUUUUACCGUA